AGUAAUAUUCAUUCUCUGUCGGAGUUCAACACGGUGCGCGCGUUUUCAUGUGUGAUAGUAUACAUGCAGUUAUGUUGAUUCUAUUUUUAUGUAAUUUUUAUUGAAUAUCACUAGUGCAAAUAGUGAGAGCAGUGUUGUGCACAUAGCUAUGUAAACAAGCAUCUUAAAUUGGUGUAAUGGAACGAAUACAAGUUUUGCAAGAUGUAUGAGUAACCAAUGACCGCAGGGCAUCCCUGCGCGGGGCCGGACAGGGUGGGGGGAAGGGAAGACCAGAUUGCCAACUACACCGCGGUGAAUUCUUGGUUUAUCUCGGACAGGAUCAAAAGAACUUAACAAGUACAAACGUCGCGGGUACGAUGCCGCUAACACAGGAAAAACGUUUAGAUAGUAACUUCUCCAAUAACAAUGACCACAGCUAUCUCCAUAAGAAAUUCAAAAAAAUGGCAUCUACUAUUACUGUGUUUCCCAGUAAUCUACCCAAAACAGGGGAAGUCAGGCAUAAGGAAUCGAUAGUAUCCUCAUCUGCCGGUAAUCUUUCAAUAUCAAAUGGUAGCAUCGCAGCAGCCCAUCCAGAAAUAGAGAAAAUAAAAACAAAAUCCGAAAAACAGCAUUUAGAAGUUCACAAUGUGGAGAAAAAUGUACAAAUUAAUUAUAGCGAUGAAAAUAGUAGAUUAAGUAAUGUAAAUAAUAUUGUUCAAGUAACUGGUCAGACCAGUGUUACUGAUGAAUUUUCUAAUAAGACUGAGAAUCUUGAAAAUGAUUUAAUCAAAGAAGCUUAUAAUGCUGGAGCGGGUGGACGUUAUAUAUGUCCCUACUGUAAAUUAUCUUGUGCCAAGCCUUCUGUUCUUCAAAAACAUAUCAGAGCUCAUACAAAUGAGAGACCAUACCCGUGUGCACCUUGUGGAUUUGCUUUUAAAACGAAAUCCAACUUAUACAAACAUCAAAGAUCAAGAACACAUGCUUUAAGAAUGCAAGGAGCAGACGUAUCUGUACCCCUAAAUGAUGACGAUUUAUCGGGAGGUUCAGAAAGUGAUACGUCUAUUCCGCCUACAUCUAUGUCAGAAACUGGGUCUGACGCUUCAAUAAUACGCGCUGACAAUGUAGAAUCAAACGAUUCUGCUGAACUUAUUAUCGAUACCAACAUGCCCUCCACAAGUACUAGUUAUUCAUUAGUUGACAACAGCAAAUCUAAAACAAUUUAUAAACCUAAAUUCAGGGCAGCAUUGUAUCAAGAUGAUGAAAAAGAAAAAGUAAAAAAAUCUAUUUCGCCGAAUGCUGAUUUCCUUACGGAGCAUAUCUCGAAAAUAAUAUCAGAUAAUGAAGCUAUUGUUGAUGUUAUCGAAACACCAUUACAAAAGAAAUAUGGGAAAAUUAAACAAAUAGCAGAAAGUAAACAAUUUAUGACAGAUUUAGCAGAAAUAAAGUCAGAACCAUCACCCUUGAAUUUAACCAAAUCCAACCAUGAAAGUGAUAAUUCUUACAGAAAAAGAUCACAUUCUGAAAGUUUUUCACAGAGUGACCACCAAAAACAUCCUUUAAAUCCAGAAGGUUCCAUUAUUAAAGAUCUCCUUCUUAAAACUAAAAUGAAUGGUAUAGCAUCUGUCACUGGAGAAUUAAUCGAAGGCCCUUUGUUUAUUUGUCCUUUAUGUCAGAUAAUGUACAGAAGUGCAGACAAUUUGGAAACACACAGAUUGUAUUAUUGCAAAGGGACUAUAAGCACUAAUAAUAUAUCUCAAAAAGAAGUGAAAUCUAUUAGACCUGAGAACAUAUAUGUUCGAAGUAAUUCUAUAAAUGUAAGAUUACCUGAGUCAUCGACCAAUUAUUCACGAACUACUAAUUCUAACAAGUCUUCGCCAUCUAGAAUUAAACCCGAUAAUCUUGUUAUCUUGAAACCAGAAUCAAACGAUGUGGUUGCUCCCUUACCAUCUCCCGGCCCAUUACUUGGAAACACUAGACUGGUAGAUACAAGAGUGCAAACUGAUUAUGGAAGAAAAAAUGAAAGUCUUAAAGUGAAGCCUUUAGCAAGUCCUAAGAGAAGGAUCGAUAGUCGAGCUGACAACUAUAGUCCACGGUUAAUAGAAAACAUUUCACCGAGAUCAAAUGAUCUAUAUCCUCAACCGAAGAUAAGGUGUAUUGAUGCUAAUUCUACAACUUUACGAUCGAUGGAUGAAAUGGCACAACACAUGCGACAUAAUUCAACUUCACUUCAAAUGUUUGGAGGUGAAGUAAAAAUAGUAGAUCAUUCAGGUAGUACAACAACACUCCGGAUUGAACCUAGUAAAAAUCAGUUAUCACCUAUUUUAAUUCAACAAAAUCUGUCGCCAUCGAAACUGGGAAACGACGUGGAAGCAAGCAGUGUUGUGGUGAGAUCUGGGUUACAUUCCGGUGGGACUAUAAUGCAUAAUCCACCUACGCCUAAAGAAGCUUUGGGUACUCCACAACCACAGACACCAAGAAUUUCAAUAUCAACAGCACCGUCUAUACCGAGUUCUAAUUUACCGAAUAUCCAUGAUAUUACACAUUUUCAGUUUCCACCCCUUAGUGCUAUAACAGCAUUUAAUCCAUUAACUUUACCGCCUCUUAGUCCGUCGUCAGCAUCACCCAAUGGUGCAACGACUAUUUUCCAUGGAGGAAAAUUAAUACCACAUGUGCCGGGUAUACCUGGGCCCAACACUCCAGGAGUAUUCGUUGGAAAUCCGAAUACUCAUGCUAAGAACGUUAUUAACCAAGAUGGCAAUAAACUGUCAAUACAAACAAAUUUGGAAGAUCCUCAUACAAAUUCCAUUGUGAAUAUUCAGUCUUCAAAAGGAACAAUAACUAAAUACGACUCGCAUCAAUUACGGAACAGUAAAAGUCCAAAUUUAAGGCCAACAAAAAUAGAGUCUGAAGAACACAUUCAAGACCAUUGUAAUACUGACACGUCGCAUUACAUUUCGGCUGUUCCUAUUAUAAAAAUUAAGAAUGUUGAUGAUACAAAUAUGAGUCCUAAAUCCAUUACAUCAAAUUUAGUCAAAACCAUGAUUAGACAAGAAGCAGGUGUUAAAAGAAAUUCUGAUGGCAUUCCUAGAACACCAGUAUUAAAAGAGAACAUUAACUUUCCGACACACAAACUUAGUAAGAACAGAGAAAAAAGUACUACUAAUUAUUCUUAUAAAAAUAUCGAAGUGAAGUCGGACAAAGAAUUGAGAAAUUUCAAUUUUGAAAAUUUAAUUACUAAGGCUGAAAUAUACAACAAUCAAAUUCCCAGCUCAUCAGAGGUACAGAAAAAUACAAAUGCUCAAGAAACUCCUGUAUCAGCGUACAGUGAAAGGUCUGAAACCUCUUACUUCCAGAAAAACGUCAUAAAUAAACCUACUGCAGAAGAGAGAAAACCUAAAUUUUUACGGCCUUCUACUUUACCGUUAAAGCCUGGCACGUUUACACCUAAAAGGCACCACGGAAUUACACCAAAUGCAAAUACAAUGCCUCUUGUAUCACCAGAGACUCCACGACCCGCCAAAGCUUACGGCCAACUUUACUUAAAUGGAAAUGCAUAUACAUAUCUAGGAUUAAAAUGUUCAACAAAAGUAUUUUACUGCACAAUCAAUCGGCCUCAACCAACAUAUGUUCCAAAUCAGCAUUUCCUUUCAAUGUACAGCAACUGGCAGUUAUUAUCCGAGCUGACGCCAGACCCGCUGGGAUUGUCAGCAUCGUCUGCUAUGUCUCUUUAUGACUCACGUCAUCGACCGCAAGCUGUAGCUGUUGCGGUGAUUAAACAGGAUCUUGUACUGACUCAUUCAUCGCAGUGGAAAAGAAUUGUAAAAGACAGUAAACAGGCGGUACAAGUGGUUGAUAUGAAAAAAUCGGAUGACAACAAAUUUUCAGUUUGCGAUAAUGUGACAACUCCCAAGAAAGAAGUGACCGGAGGAUUCGAAAGUAAUGAAGAGUAUACGUACGUUCGCGGUCGUGGUAGAGGACGUUACGUUUGCUCAGAAUGUGGAAUUCGUUGCAAGAAACCUUCGAUGCUUAAGAAACAUAUCCGCACCCACACUGAUGUGCGUCCUUAUACAUGCGUGCAUUGCGCUUUUAGUUUUAAGACUAAGGGCAACUUAACCAAACACAUGAAGAGUAAAGCACACUAUAAAAAGUGCUGUGAAUUAGGAAUAAAUCCUAAUGAAGGUAAUGAUACCGAAGGUGGAGAGCUAGCGCAGUGUUCCGGUGAAACUGAUGAUGAUACAGAAUCUGAGGGUGAUGAAGGAAAUGAGGGUGAAACAGAAUCAAGCGAUACAGAAGCUUAUAAAUCGCGGUUACCAGAACAUGAAGCUGCACAUUGUUUAUUAUCAUUAGGAAGUUCGAGGCCCACUACUUCCGCUACUCCUGGCCUAAUAACAAGUGCUAGACCUUCAACUUAUCCGUAUACACCAGCGGGCCUAGAUAAUGUUACUACAGAAAAUAAUCCAGAAAGGUCAAGUAAUUCCCAAACAUCACCAGCUGAUACCAGAUUGAGCACUGAAAACGAACCAAUGGAUCUCAGCAAAACUGAAACAAAAACAACGCAAAAUAACAUUCCUGAAAUACCAACCGCCAGAGAAUCUAGCGUCUUAGCUUCCCUAGCAUCAAAUACUGCCAAACUUCCAAAUCACCAGUCUCAAUGGACAAAUGGUGAACCAAUGCUUCAUACUUAUUUGACAGAAAGGGCGUUGCAGGAUUCUAAAAUUAAGCAGAGUCAACUAACUGGCAACUUAAGUAAAUUAAGAAAGAUUGAUAUAGAAAAAUCAACGUACACCGACAGUUACUGUUCAAUGGAUAGCAACAAUAAAAUUGUUACAUCCACAAAAAAUUCAUUUAUUACACCAGUUUCUUCAAGUCGAGUUAAUUACAAUGAUACUAAAGUAUCAGAAGAAAGUGAUAAUGCUUUGAAAUCGCCGACUGUAUUAAGAGAUGAAGCCUCAGUCAUUAGAGGAGAGUCGAAUGUGUCAACUAGUUCCGUCAAUGAAAAUAAAGGGACUCUUACACAAAGUCACAGCAACGCAGAAAAUGCAAAACACGUAGUUUCUGAAUAUUUGAAACAUGCUAGAAUAAAUCAUAUUCAAACUCACGAAGAAAGUAUACAGAAUCAAAAUGAUGAUUCGAACGAGGACAACGUUUUGGUUAUACGCGAAGAUAACACAAAACAAGACGAACAGUUUUCUGAAUCGGAAUCAGUAAAGCCGCCAUCUUUAGACCAUGAACCUGUGGCAAGAAAAGUUGUAAUAGGUGUAGGAGGUGUAGCUUUUAAAGUUACAAAGGGUAAAGAUUUUGAAAACUCAUCCUAUUCACCAGGUAGAUUAAUGGAAGAUGGCCGAAGAGUGUGUGAUUUUUGUAAUAAGACUUUCACCAAACCUUCUCAGUUAAGGUUACAUCUUAAUAUACAUUACAUGGAAAGACCAUUUAGGUGUAGUGUGUGCGCCGUAAGUUUCAGAACUAGAGGGCAUCUUCAAAAGCAUGAACGUUCAGGAUCACACCAUAACAAAGUGUCCAUGACCUCAACAUUUGGGGCUGCUACGUCAUUUAACCCCAGACCAUUUCGAUGUUCUGAUUGUAAUAUAGCAUUCAGAAUACACGGCCAUCUAGCGAAACAUUUAAGAAGCAAAAUGCAUGUGAUGCGGUUGGAGUGUUUGUUCAAAUUACCAUUCGGUACAUUUACGGAAAUCGAACGUGCAGGUGUAAGUUUGACAGAUAUUGACACAACAGACUGUGCAAGUUCGCUUGCUAGCUUACAAUCACUAGCAAGAAAGCUACACGAAAAAGAUCCAACAAAACUUGAGUAUCGGGAGCCUAAUGGUGCAACGCACACAGGGUCUUCCACUGGCAGGGAGUCCUCGGAAGAUGAAGAUACUGCUGCUUGCGAAAAUAUGAGUGAAAGUGAAAAAGAUAUUGAAGGAAAAACUAUUGAUAGUAACGAAGGUCAAGAUAAAGACAUGAGAGUUAAUUAUAGUGCCACAGAUAUUUAGUGCCAAAAUUAUUUUAAGUAGAAUAUUUUAAUGUGCAAUUUUGUUUUGUUAUUAAUUUAAGGUGUAACUAUUCAUACUGGGGUUUGACUCAGCAACGUGUGAAAACAAAACGAUGCGCUUUAAUUAUAUUACUAUAGGUAUAUCGCUGUAUCUUAUUUUGAUGUAACUGUGAAACUAUAUAUCUUGUAAAUAUCUCAAAUUUGAAUAAUUUUAAAUGUUGUUAAAUUUGCUUCCAUAUUAGGGCUUACAUACAUAUUGUAUUUGUUAUUAUAGGUAACUCUUAACUAGGUUUAGUCAAACUAUGAAAGUAAUUCAGGUGGAAAUUUGAAACUGAAUACAAAACUACCCAUUUUAACGUAUCCAAAACAUUCUUACAUAAAUAUUUUGGUGGUCCAUCAUAUUUUAGGUAAACUACGUUUCAAUAUCAAUGACACAUAUUGAAAUUUCUUAACUGUAGCAACUUUUUAUCUUGAUAAGUACCAUUAUUACUUUUGUAUGUAUUUUUUAUAAAAUAUAUACUUAUGAUGUAUUUACACUGUGUAACAUCUACUUCCAAAUCUUUUAUCUAAAAAUAAUUGGCAUAUCAAAAUCCAUAAACUAAAUUUAGAUAUACAAAAAAAAUCGUUAAAGUCUUCCAUAUCAAAAAUAGUGUUUGACUAGAUAUUAAAUUUAACAAGUACAGCCAGGAUUAACUACACCAACCAACAAGCAUACUUUCAGACUAAUUAUACCAUAAAAAGCUUAAUUAUAUCGUAUUUUUAUUUCGUUAACUUUCGGUAAUUUUAUACACAAGUUUAUAAUAUAUGGUGUAUAUAAAUUGUUUUGUAACUAGUAUUCUUGUCGCUUCCAACGUGGUAAAUAAAUCGCGUCUGGAAAAAUAAAAUAUCAAAAUAUACGAGUUUAUACAAUUAAAGAGUAGGUCCACUAUAACUUUUAUUAGGAACAUAGAAGUUUGAAUAUUCUCAAACUUAUCAAGUAAACUGAUGUAAGUCAGGCAUAUCAAAGUUAACGUAAAUAAAAAUAAACGAACAGAACAGAAUAGGAAUUUCUUGAAAAGGAAGCAGAACUUUAAAUAAAUAGAAUUGUUUAUGUAAAUAAUAAGUAUUACUUAUCCAUAUAGAUAACCAUAUCAUGAACCCUAUUAUAUAGAAAGAAAUAUUACAACUUUUAACUGUAUAAAAUGUUCGUAGUUUUCCAAAUUAAGGGCCUAUUUUAGUAUAAAGAUGAACAACAUACAUUAUUGUAUAGAUGUCUUCUUUCCAUUUCAAAGCGUAAGGGCCGUUGUAAAGUUCGUAAUUUUCCCAGUAAGUGUUGCCAGAUCGGCACAAUGCUAUCGUAACUCACAAUCGGGUUAAAUUUAUUUCCAUUAUGUGUUUUGUAGUACAUAACAUACUGUAUAAAAAUAUAUGACUGAAAUUUGUUUUAAGAACUAUCAUAGAUACUACUAAACUAUCUGGUAUGCAUUACGAAUCAAUGUAAGUACAAAAUCUAAUGUAUAUUAAUCAUUCUGUAAAUUGUUAUGUUUUGUGAAAUGAAUACUUAAAAAAAUUAAAUAAUAUGAAGAGUAUCGUAAGCACUUAGUGAGUGCGCUGGCAUUGUGCCACAAUAUACUAUAUUAUAGCUAUUUUACAUUAUUAUUGGAACGGUAUGUUUGAAGGAAAUGGUGUACUCGUGAUUAUGGUAGAACUAUAGACAUAAUUUUUUUGAUGUAUAUUAUAUCGAAAGGGGUUUAAUUUUACUAAAUUGUUGCAAGAAAUUUGUAAUAAAGGAGUUACAUAAUUAUAAUACAUUGAGUUAUUUAAAA